AUGCCCGUGAGCAUCGCCUUUCUCGCAGCCCCGCGCCAGAUGUGGCGGGAUACCAUCACGGGCUCCGAAUCGAAAAUCAUGUCGCCUCUUACGUCCCGCGUCAACCGAGUCGUCAAGGUCGCCAGUCGCGACGCGGCAAGCGACGACGGCAAGUCGUGCUCCAACAACGCUUGGAGCUGCCUGAACACGGCGGGACAGUUUGGCGUCAUUUUCAGCGUCAUCAUUGCCGUCAUAACAAUUGCUUGGGUCUAUUGGUACACUGUUAUUCGACCAAGGCAGGGGAGGAUCAGGGGGUCUGGGGAGGAUAUCGAGCUGGAUCUCGGGGAUGGCCGUACUGUUGUGGUCUCGUCUGGGCCAUACCAGAGGACUGUGGUAUUUCGAAGAGCUCGGUCGCCGACUCCGCCCCCGCCGGCCUACAGACCUCCUACGCCUGGUGCUGGAGUGAUUAUACCCCCAGGAUUUGCUACGACGACUGACUCCCUUCCGCCAUCUCCACGAGCAUCUCACACUCAGAUAUGGUCACCACAGGCUCCUCCACAACGCCCUCAAACCUCUCAGAACGUCCCACCACAAUCGAUGAGUACGCCUAAUUUCGUCCAGGGAUAUCCAUUUCCUGGCUCCUACUCGCAGCCGAUACCCCUCGCAAUGUAUCCUCCCCAGGUCAUGGUGCCCGGUCCGCCUCCACCUCCACCAGCGAUGAUGUACCCUCGAGCGCAACCGCAGACAUACUUGGUCAUACCGCCUCCUCCACCUCGUCCGCCCGAUAUGCCGGCCCAAGGAUUGAUUCCUCCUCCACCGCCGCCGCCGCCACCACCCCCGAGCCAGCCACCAAACGGCGGUAUCUACCAGCAGCCAACAGGAACCGACAGCCAGGUACGGACCAGGCCGCCGUCUCCAGGUCACGCAUCCACCAUUGAAGACGAUGACUCUGAUCGAGGCGGCUCAUUACCUCCAGCGGACCGCCAAGAACGAAGCCCAUCACGGGAUCGGAGCCCGCCAGCAGGUGGUUCGCAGUUCACACGUAGCCGCACACCGUCCCCCAGUGAACGAAGACGCCAACAUGCUCGCCGCCGUCCAGCCCCGAGCCCCAGCCGCUCCCCGCCACGAGGACGACAGCGUAAACGUACCCAACAGGACGAUUCGAAAUCUGACAACUCCAAAUCAAGCGACACAAGCUACAAGUCAUCGACCAGUCUCGACUCUGACAUGCGUACCGACUACGACAACCUUUUCGUGGAACAUGAUGGCCGCAAGCGAGGUGAGGAGGCCAAGCGUCUGCAGAAGCUGGUUGAUCGGAUCGACAAAGAGGAAGAGGAGGAACGGGAACACCGCAGUGCCUAUGGUGAAGCCAGCGGCGUAGACAUGUUGCCUCGACUCCCAGGACAGCCCUUGCGGCCUGCUGUCCCUCGAGCCGAGACAGCCAACGCUGUUGCGGAGACGAGCGUCGAACAAGAAGAUCCACAACGACGUCAAGAAGGAAACGAGGCGUACGAAAUUGAUAAUGAAGAGAGCCAAACGAACCAUCCAAAGCGACACGUCACAUUUCAGCAGCCAUCUCUUGAGGUCCUGGAGUCACGGAUUGGCCGUCCUUCCCGCCGCUCCCAAAGCCCAGCUAGAAUCCCAAACCAAGAAGACCUCCAUCACGGCGAAUCUCGAGUGGGACGCCGUCGGCGCACCCCCAGCCCAGACGAGAGGAUAGUCGAGCGACCAGUUGCUCCAGUCCUAAGCAGUGCCGAAUCUCGCAUCGGUAGGCCUCAACCUCCAUCACCGCCUAAAGAGCACUCACUUGUGCACAAACGCAGUCACGGCUUUCCCGGCGCUGGUGAGUCAAGAGUCGGCCACCACCAUGGCAGGAAGCGCCGCCUAACACACCCUCCCGAGACGAUUUCCCCGGGAGCAGGCUCGGACUACUACAACACACACGAUGCAACCCACGGUGGUCAUCCCACAAUCGACGAUGGCUUCCUCCUCAGUAUCGCUCGAUCAGAGGGCCCCCCUUCGAGCGCCGGCGCGACGUGCGGGACUAGGAGCCACGCUUCGAGUGAGAGCAACGAUCGGCGACGGAGGAUGGGCCUGACUCCAAGCAGGUUCAAUCGUGAUCGGGAUCAGCGGGCCGACGAGGGCGCAACUCCGUAUCUAAGGUCGCCAUCACCUGAGGAAUCUGAUAACGACGAACAAAAGAAGCAUAGCCCGAAGCCCAGCUGGGGAUCAAGGCUCGCAUCCAUCCUGCCUACGAUUGCGAGGCUCACGACCAACAACCCGGUGGUGCGAGAGGUGGCGGACGAUAUCGCGGAUGAGGCCUUCAUCACCUUCAGCCGCCUCAGCGCCUUCCAGGACCCCGCCAGCGGCACGACGCUCGUCGACCACGCUCCCAAGGCCGUCGUGAUGGGCCAUCACGGCUGCCCAGACCCUCCCGCGACCAAUACCGCGGGCACCGACGACGACCGAGCACGAUUGCCGAGGAGCCACGCAACAGCUUGCAGCUCACCCUGGAGCACGCCGCGGAGCGCCUCGCAGAAGAGGCUGUCGGGUCGGACAUGGACCGAGCCCGUGACCCCGGAGGAGGCUUAG